GGACUCUCGAGAAACAGGUCAGAGACAGACAGGACUGGAGUACAGAAACACGACACAGUAGACACCUGGAUGGAAGAACCACUUUGGCUCGUGUCCAAGUGUCACUGAAGAGGAGAACCUCCUCAGGAAACAACUGAUCCGGGACCACCUCUAUGGGCCAGACCGUUCCUAGCAGGUUCCACUAUAAAGUGGAACCUUAUCCAACUGAUAAGGCCUGAGUCUCCAUAUUGGGUCUAGUUUGGGUGUCUUAACUUUAUCUUGUAGUUAGUGUUUCCCGUUUUUGUGUCCUGUUUCUUAGAAUGCCAUUUGGCUCGCUAAAGGGCAGUGAAUUUGGUGACUGGACUGAGAUGAAUAAAUUAGGCUGCAGGGAGAAUAUGCCCUGAUCCGUAGGGGAUUAGGUCAGGGUGGCGCCAGCAGGAAACUCAAGACGUCCCGAUGACCUCCAUAGUAACUAACCUCCACUCGGCCGUGUGUGGGUUUGUGUGUGUGUGUGUGUGUGUGUGUAUAUGCGCAGGUGUGUCGGUAUCAUCUUCCUUCUUAAAGAAAUAAGGACAGGUGUCCUAUGGUCACCGUGGCAACCGCUUGUUGCCGAUUGUAGCCCAUAAUGACAAUUCUUCCACUUAUUCUUUGUCUGCGGGCUCGUGUGUGUGUGUGUGUGUCUGUCUGUCUGUGUGUGUGUCUGUGUGUGUGCGUCCAGGUGCUGAAGGACAUGAUGGGACCUCGUCAUCUUUCUCUGAUCCAGGAGGAGUCAGGCAGUAGAGAAAGUACGGGUGUGUUUCCUCCCCUCUCUGGCGCCCCCCAGAGGUCCCCAGCAGCCGAGCGGCCGAGAGGGCGAGAGGGGAGAAGGAGGGAGAUCAGAGAGCAGGAGGAAGAGGAAGGGGAGGGAGGAGGGAGGGAGGAGGAGGAGGAGGUCUCGGUGAAGGAGGAGGAGGAGAGCGAGAGGGGAGGCGAUCCGGCGAAGCUGGCUCUCUAUGAGGAGCACAGGAGGCUGGAGGACAGCAGGUGUCUACUGGAGGAGCUGACCCUCAUCGAGGCUGACCUCCGUCAGUCAGACCUUCUGGAUGUGGGGCGACAGAGAGAGCGAGCGUUCCUCCGCGAGACGGACAACCGCAUGCGGUGGCAGAGCCUACUCCACCUCAGCCUCAGCCAGCGGGUCACUAGACCCUGGGUAACCAGCUACUUCCGGAAGUAUCCCAUGCAUAUCUACUGUCUCCCCAUCCAAGACGUCCCCCGCAGGAGAAUCAAGAACCCGACCAGCAGGAGAUGAGGACGAAUACUACUGACCGAUGAUGUUUCGAUGAGGAACAUAAUGGUCAAACCGUAACACAGCCUGUGUCUCCAUCUAGUGGCAAUUUAGUGCAACUAAAUUAGAAACUGGUUUACAAUAAGUUCUUGCUAAUGCUAUGGUUUUAUUUGUUAUUUUUGUGGUUGGUAUAUGUUGGUUUGGGUUUUAAUCCUGUGAGUGGGAGAUGUUGACUUGUCCUGGUUUUUCCUUUUUUUACAUUAUGUAUAUUAUCUAGUCCUACUAAUCUAUAUUUGUUAUGUACUUGUGCAACGAAAUAAAUACAAACACAAUACUAUCACUUUGUCUCUUCUUCGUUGCUUCAUUUAGUCAGCAUAUCUCUCUCUCUCUCUCUCUCUCUCUCUCUCUCUCUCUCUCUCUCUCUGCCUCUCUCUCUCUCUCUCUCUCUCUCUCUCUCUCUCUCUCUCUCUCUCUCUCUCUCUCUCUCUCUCUCUCUCUCUCUCUC